UCUUAAUAAAGAUUACUUAUAUGUAAAAAAGAAAAUAGACAUAAAUUUUUUUGAACUCCACAAAAACUAUAAUAAUAAUACUCUAAAAAAAACAACUACCUAGUGAAAAUAAAGGACAUAUAUGACAAUUCAAAAUGAAGAAAUAAAAAAUCUUAAAUUAUUCAAGGCUUAAUGAGGCUUUAUUUUCCUUCUCUAUGAUUUUUUUUUUUUCAACAUCUGUCAAUCCAUUAAAAAAUGGUAAUUAUUAUUCAAUUCUCUCUUCCUCUCCUGGGAACGUUAAAUUUAUAAAUUCAGAAAGAAUUUUACGUUUGUUUUCCUCUAAACUCUCUUUCUUCACCCACUUUCUCUUCCACUUAAUCCAAAAAAAAAAAAAAGAAAAAUACUCCAAUGUAUAUAUUUAUAUACAUUAGAAAAACUAACGAGUGAGUACUGAGUUAAGAGGGUCAUCAAAGAACAGCAGAGAGGGAAACGAAAAUGACAUCUCCAGUACUAGCGACAGAUUCUCCCACAAAAAAACCAAAAAUGGGGUCAUUAUUUGGAGACUUAUUCAAAUCAUUAGCCAUAUCAGGUCUACUCAUCUUCCUCUUCUACAUAAUUUUGUUCGACAAUACUACACACAACUCCCUCAUACAGAAAUGGCCAAUACCAAUUACAAACAGCACUAAUCUUAUUUCAAGUACUCCUGAUCCUAAUAACCCCAUGAUAAAAACCAACCUAAGCCACCUCGUUUUCAGCAUAGUUGGCUCCAUGAACACGUGGAAGAACAAAAGGCACUACUCCGAAGCCUGGUGGAGACCCAACGUGACUCGAGGAUAUCUUUUUCUAGACAAACCACCCAAAAACGAGUUCCUCCCUUGGCCAUCUUCGGCCCCACCAUUUCGCGUGAACGAAAAGGUCAAGGCAAUAUACGAAAGAGCCUCGAACCCUUCUCAGGUUAGGAUUGUGCGGACGAUUCUUGAGAUGGUUAGAGAAGGUGACGAGAAUGUUAGAUGGUAUGUGAUGACUGACGACGACACCGUUCUGGCAUUGGAUAACUUGGUAGAAGUUUUGAGCAAGUAUGAUCAUACUAAGUACCAUUAUAUUGGUACCAGUUCUGAGUGUAUCAGGUCCAACUACGAUUUCUCGUUCGAGAUGGCCUUUGGGGGAGCUGGCUAUGCGUUGAGUUAUCCUUUGGCUUCCUUAGUGGCUUCCAAGUUGGAUGGCUGUCUUAACAGAUAUCCCACUUUGAGAGUCAGUGAUUUCAUGCUGUAUUCUUGUUUGGCUGAUCUUGGUGUUGCCCUCACUCAUAACAAUGGCUUUCAUCAGAUUGAUCUACAUGGUGACAUAUCAGGACUACUUUCAGCUCAUCCACAGACUCCAUUCCUCUCCCUCCACCACAUUGACACCGUAGACCCGAUCUUCCCCAACAAAACCCGACUCGACUCCAUCAAACACCUCAUGAAGGCAGUUAAAGUUGACCCCUCUCGUGUUCUCCAACAGACAAUAUGCCACCACAGGCCCACCAACUGGUCUAUCUCCAUCUCAUGGGGCUACUCCACAAACAUCUAUGAAGCCACACUCCCUCGCAGUUUUCUGCGCAGACCACUCGAGACUUUUCGCCCAUGGCGGGGACAAAGAUCAAGUAGGUCACCUUUCUACAUGUUCAACACACGGUGGCCGACCAACAAUCCCUGUGAAACUCCUCAUGUCUUCUUCUUCCACUCCACACAGGAGUCCAAUGAUCGAAUUAUGAACACUUAUGUAAGAGCAUCUUCUCCUGGCUUAGCACCUUGUGGUAACCACUCUGCCAAUCACAUUCAAAGAAUUCGAGUCUUUUCUCCUGCAAAACUGCCACUGGAGAGUAAUGGAAGAGACUGUUGCGACGUGGUAUAUGGAGAUGGAGAAAACACUACAGAGGUCAGAUACAGAGCAUGUACCAAGGAAGAUGUCACAGCUUAAUUUAACAAGAGAAGGGCAUGAAUGUACUAAGCUUAAAUUUAGAUUUAACUUUCCGAUUAGUAAGUUAUAUGGACUGCGACGGAAAUGAAUACUAGAUAUGUUGAACAAUAAUUGCUUGAUAAUCAUACAGCUUCGGGAUAAA